AUGGAAAUCCCACGCCCCAUAGGAUACAGAUGGCGCUCUUCGAGGGUGUUCAUCCUUGCGACUAUUGCCCUCGCCUUGUUCGCAGAGACCUUUCUGUACGGCUUUGUCGUGCCAAUCCUCACCCACAUGCUUGAGGUUCGGUUGCAUAUCGAUCCAUCCCAAACGCAGAGUUAUAUCACCACACUCCUUUCCAUCCAUGGUCUUAUUUCUCUCGCUUCAGCGCCAAUUAUCGCUCAUUUCGUGGAUAAAUCGCGAAAUCGGAAAAUCCCUUUGUUGAUUGCCUUGGCAGGAUCUCUGGUCGGCACGGUUCUUGUUGCUUGGACUCCGGCUUUGUGGGUUCUCUUCUUCGGACGCUAUAUGCAGGGUAUCUGCGGUGCAGCGACGUGGAUUGUCAGCUUUGCUAUCAUGCUGGAUUGCACUGCCGCUGAGGAUAUGGGCAAGACGCUGGGCAUUGUCAUGACUUUUGUCACCACCGGAUUUAUAGGCGGGCCUACUAUUGCGGGAAUCCUGUUGGAGCUGGUGGGUUACUGGGCAACCUGGUCUGUUCCGAUGACCAUCCUGAUCCUGGAUAUCGUCGCCCGUCUCCUCAUGAUCGAAUCUCGAGAUGUAUCCAGCAAACAAUCUCCCCCGAGCACCUCAGACACACCAGAAUCAGAUGAAACGACCGCCCUGAUCCCAGACAACAACACCGAAGCAACCCAAUCCGACACCCCUCCAAGCAUCGCCCCAUCCCGAGGCUUCUACCGCAUCGUGCUCUCCGACGCCCGAGUCCUAGUCGCACUAGCCAACAUCUUCUUCUUCUCCUUCAUCAUCUCCGGCUUCGAAGCCACCAUCCCGCUCCAUGUCCGCGACGUCUUCGGCUGGGGUAGUAUGGGCACUGGCCUAAUGUUCUUCUGCCUGCAACUCCCCUCAUUCUUCCUCGCAGCUCUGGGAGGAAUGCUCCGCGACCGGUGCGGACUGAAGUAUCCCACGGCCCUCGGAUGGGCCCUCCUGGCCCCGCUUUUCUGGCUGCUGGGUGUGCCUGGCGACAAGCGGUUUCCGUGGGCUGGGCCCGAGACUGGGGGGAAGACAAUUUUCCCGGUUACUAUGGCUGUCUUUGGUACGGUUGCAAUGUUGGUGAGAGGGGCGGGGAGUUUGCAGCUUAGCUUGGUUACCAAGGAUAUGCAGACAAAAGACCCCUUGAUAUUCGGUCCUGGUGGCGGCAAUGCCCGUGCUCAAUCCAUCCUGGAGAUGGCGUUUAGUCUGGGCAUGAUGGCUGGGCCUUUGGUUACGGGGACACUGUCUGAGACGGUGGGAUACUAUUAUAUGACCUUUACGUUAGCGUGCCUCUCACUCGGUUUGUCGUUCCUUUGCUAUACUUACCUUGAUGGCAAGCGGCAGAAGGAUCCGGUUUCGCAGGCUUAG